CUCAGACGCAAAUCAUUAACGGCAAGAAUGGAACAAAUUUACUUGAUCAGAUGAUAAAUGAUUCGGGUGGUGCGAAUAGCCUGCUGGGAGGCAUUUCAAUUUCACAAACAUUUGGAGGCGAUUUAUUUUUGCAUUGGCAAACUCAAUGCCGUGGAAAGUACGACGUUAAGGAUCCAUAUUCAUUCAUUCCAGACAGUGAUAUUUUGCUUCAAUCACGAGCUGACACCUGCAUGCUUCGGUACAAUGCCUCGACCGUCCUAAAACUGUAUGCCAUCACAAGACAUAUUCAAUCACCAGGAGCAGUUAUAUUUUCCACCGACGAUUUACUUUUGCAAUUGAACCAAACGGAAUUGAAGCAGCUGGAGAAACAGAUCGCUGUCUCGCCGCUAAAACACCCAAAAUUACUAAAGAAACUUCUCAAUAUAAAUGAUCCAAGCACCAAUUCGGAUGGGAAUACAAAUUCAGACGGUAAUUCGAACACGAGUGUAAACAACAAUACGAAAAAUAAUGCUGCCCCUGUUGCUGCUGCUUCUGCCCUUGCUACCAACACUACAUCUAAGUUUAAUGUGGGCGAGGAAAGACGCAAACCAUUCAAAAAUCCGAAUAAACAGAACGCAUUCGAAAAGCUAAAGAACAGAAAGAAGCUGCUGGAAAAUAGCAACAAAAGCCCCGUUCCGAAUUCAGUACGAAUGAAUCCAAGUAAUUUUGAAAAGCCCCUGUUUAAUGAGCAAGCUAAUGAAAUGGAUGUUCAGUUGCCAAUGGCGCUGCCAAAUGAAGGAAAUGCCGAAAGCGAGAUAAUUAACCAGCGCAAAAAACAGCUGAAAAUUACAUCAUAAACAAUAUUAACCGAGUUGAAGGUCGCAACCAGUAUGGAAAUGAAAUGAUUCAGGAGCCGCAAGAGGUGCCCGCUGAGUUGAAUAAUCCUCUGGAGGAUUAUCAAAAUUACUAUGAUGAUAAUAAUGAGCGGCGCAUUAUGGCAAUGGCUAUGGCCAAUAAUCGUGAUGUGCGAAGUGAUGACAAUAUACCAGUUGUCGAAUUCGAUGAUGGCAGUUACAAUGAUUCAUUUUCAUCGCACAUCCACCCAAAUGAUUUCUCUGCUUCAUCGGAAAUCGUGAGUAAAACACGUAAAAAAGAUCGAGCGGAAACCCUAUGGGAUCUGGAAAUGGAAAAAGAGAACGCGGAUCAAAUGAAAGAGGCGGCACAAAUGUUAAAUCCAAGCAAUGAUGAAGAGAAUGUUCGAAAGCGACGUCAAUCAUCCGAAUUUAAUAUUCCAAAUAAUCAAAAUUUAUUGGCACAGAUAUCAUCAACGGGCGUUUUAAUGAAACCGCUUGAUACCGCACAAUCAACAUUAGACUUUGUGUUCGUGCUUAAUGUGCGCGAAUCAGAACUUUAUCCACCGCUUUUAUUAGCCGAAGAUCUAAAAUGCCUUGAGGAUAAGCUAGCAGUUUAUAAAGAUGAAUUCACUUCAGAAUAUGCCAGAAAUAAUGUGGAAUUAGCCGAAAAGCAAUUUCUUAAAGAGUGCUUAAUGAAAAGGAUGCCAAAUCUAGCGCCGCACACGUAUCAAUUUGAAUCGCAAAUUGUUGUGACUCGAAUUUCAAUUACUUGUACGUGUGGUGAUAUAAAAACCGGCGAGAAAUGUUCAACAUUCAAUUCAAUUGAACAGCAAAAAUGGACUGAGUUUAUGGGGAAUUUGAAUAGCGGUGUUUACCGCUCAAAUUAAAUGUAUUUUUUAUUGUGUGAACAAGUGAACAUGAAUGUUACUUACAUUAAGAGGAAAAAAUAUUCUUUAUUUACGAGCUAUCGUUUUUUUGGCUCAUUUUGCGGAUUUUUUUUUGUAUAUGUAUAAAGUUUUCUCUUACUAUAUAAAAUAAAAAAAAAUUUGAUUCAUUGUACAUA